AUGCCGCGCCUGCUCAGUGACACCCUAAGCUGCCGUCUGCAGGAGGACUUGCCAUGCCCUGCUCUAGGCCAGAUCAAGCUCCGAGGGGCCUUUGCACCUUCGUCCUUCGAGGAGAAGACGGGACCCGAGCUGGAGGAUGCUUGUGCCAAAGAGCGGCAGAAGGAGCAAGACAUCGAGGACGAGUCGAAGGAGGCAUCCGCAGAUGUGCUGGCAUAUUCCGCCCGGGAGCAUGCCAUCCACGAGGCAUGGAAGCAUGCAGAGAGGGCCAAUGAGCUCUCAAAAGAGUCUGCAGAGGCGGCACUCGAAGCUGCGAACGAGUCCAUGGAGGCUCGGCGCAUCCUUGACCAGCACGACAUCAUCGCCAUCGAGAGUCAGACCCAGGACUCCCACUGUUAG